AUGGCCACGGGGAGUGACACGGCUGCAUUAGCCGCCUCAAGCAUCAAUCAGGGUGUCAUGAUGGCGACCGAGGUCAAAUGCGGAGUGUUUUUUCGUCCUGAUAAAACCUUGAGUGUUAACGAACAACUCCUGCAUGAACUCGAGAGCAAAUAUUUGAGCCUUAAAAGUGACUAUUCACUUGUGGAGAGUGAACGUCAGACGCUCGUGGGAGAGAAGAACGCGGCUUUGGAAGAAGUUCGACGUGUGACGAAACUUGCAGAGGAACGGGAGGACGAGACACGUCAACUUAAGCAGCAGUUGCUACAGGUGACAACACAGAAGGAUGCACUAACAUUCAAGCUGCAAACAGCGACGUCGCUGGCUGAACGUCGCUUGUCGGAAGUCGAGGAGCUACAGACUACAGUUAGAGAGCAUAACAGACUCUUGGUCGAUGCUCAACGCCAAGAGAUGCAGGCAUUGGAGAAAGCAGCCAAGCACGAAGCACAGGUGGCACCACUGACUUUUGCUAUUACAAGAGCUAAGAAAGAGACGGAAGCAGCUCAGCAACAUUCACAGUGGCUCGAGACACAACUCAGUGAUAAAACAAAGACAGUGCAGGAGCUACGACAGGAGGUGGCCAAGUACACACAUGAUUUGGAAGAGCUAAAGAUUCGUAGCACAGAGGAGAUCACAUCGGCAAAACGACAGCUGGAGAGUGCACGAUUAACUGCUAAAAAGAUGGAGAGUGCAUUGAUUAAGAGCAAGGAGGCACUCAAGGAGUUGCAGGCGUCUAAGGUGCACGAUGAGGACGCGCUGUUGAAUGAACUCAAUGCACAACGUCGACUGGCGACGUUGUACCAGGAAUCAGCAGCAGAUGCCUCUGCUCGUGUUGUGGAACUCCAGAUGUUAUGUGACUCGCUGCGCAAAUCGCUGUCCGACUCGGAACAAGCACUGGUUCAUGAGACCGAGCGUACGAAAGAGCAGGUUGAGCACUUGUUCCGUGAACAGGCGGAUGCUUCAGAAGCACGUAUCCAGGCACUACAGGAUGAUCUGCAAAACGCUGAGAAAAAAAUUGAAGAGCUGGAGAAGAAAAAGAUAUAUUCAAUGCAGACGGCCAGUGCAGUGGCUGAACUGUCCUCAAGUGCGGGCGAAGCCCUGUUGGCUGCGCAUGGUUUGACCCCUAAGCAAAUGUACGAUCACAUUGUCGAGUUAGAAGAGGCGCUUCAAGCGGAGCGCAACGAGAGAGAGAAACUGCAGCUCUACCUGGACCGCAUUGUGAAGGAAGUACAAGAGAAGGCACCGGUCCUUAUGGGCUUGCGGCUGGAACACGAGCGCACUGUUGCCAGUCACACACAACUAAGUGAGAGAUUGGAGCAGUGUAUGCAAGAGCUGACAAAGAGUAAGAACAACGAGCAGCAUGCGUGGAAAGAGAAAAUUGCGUUUGAAAAGAAGUGCAAUUCGCUUGGUAAGAGUGUGGACGACCUGUCACGUCAAGUACAGCACUUGCUUUUCCGCUCCCAAGACCCGCACGAACAGCUAGGCAACUUUGAAUCAGGCGGCGUUGGGUCCGAGAAUCUGGUGAUUUUCAAGGACGUAGAGGAGCUACAAAUGCGAAACCAACAGCUUUUGACAGUUAUUCGCGAGCUCACUGAGAUGAACAAAUCCACAAUUGAAAAGGUGAGCAAUGGUUUGAGUGAUGCCGAUUCUACGGAUUCGACGGCACAUUUGAUCAUUACUGGUGACUCGGACGACGAACUAGACCAAAUCGGUGCCUCCAGUGCAAUCAGGAAGCGUUUGUCGAUGGCCCAUAAAGAGAUCCAGGAACUGCGUACUGAACGAGAACAGGAGCGCGAGAUGAUCACAGCCAUCGUGAAACAGCGUGAUAUGUACCGUGUGUUGCUGGCUCAAUCUGAUACCAAAUUUGUGGAAGGCGCUGCAGCUAGCAGCGAUAGUGCUGAAGAAAAGUCUGCUUCAGCAGAGAGACAUCACAACCGUCACGGCUCACUUGAUAUCAUUGAAAGCAGAAAAAUUCGUGAAGUGCAGAUGGAGUUUGAUACUUACAAAAUUGAGAAGCAAGCCAAUUUCAAAUUGCUACAGGAAGCUCUGGACCAAGAGCGUGUCAAAAAUUCGGAGUCAAGGUUAGUGCAGAUGCAAGCCCAGGUGGAAGCUACAUGCAACAAAGAGCGUUAUGAAGCAUCGGAGGAACGAUGUGCCAGCGCGGAGAAGGAGCUAAUACGUUUGCGGUCCAAGGCGGACCACUUAAGCUCACUGAUUCUGCAGCACCAGCAGAUGCUAACAAAUACUGAGGCAAAGUUGGAAACUGCGACAUCGUGUCUACAACGUCUCACUGUUGAGAAAGAGUCGGCCGUCCGUGAGGCGGGUUUCUUGCGCAAGAAUGAGGAAAAAAUACAACAGGAGCUAACCACCCUGCGCCUUGACAACACGAAUCUGCUCAAGCUCAUGGAGUUGACGCGUCGCAUGGAGAGUGGGCGUGAGGAGCGUGACCACCGCGAGGUGGAGGUUUUGACGAAGAAAGUAACUACUCUUGAGAGAAAGCUGCAAGAUGCGUAUGAAAAAUUCGAUAUGAAGGAGGUUACUUGUGGAGCACAAGUUCUGGCUGCUGAGAGGGAAAAGCAGGCAUCACUCGCUGAACUGACAAAACUCAAGGAUACGCAUGGUCAAUUGAAGGAGCAGCUUGCGCGGCUUGAGGAGCAGAGAACAGCUUUUGAAGACAAGUCAGUUUUGCUAGAAAAGGAAACCACGCAUUUGCGUGAGCAGUUACGGAAGGGAGCAAGUGCCACAGCUGCUGAACAAGUAGCAGCGCUUGAGGUCCAACUUCGUGACGCUCAGCGCGAAGUGCAAGCAUCACUAGUUUCGAGGAAGACACUAACUGAAAGCGUGACAAAGUACAAAGCUUUGGCUGAAGCCAGCGAGAGGAGCCUGGCCGAAUUGUCAAGUGCUAGUGAGAAAUGGAAGCAUAGGGAGACCGAGAAGGUGCAGGCGCUUGAGGAAACUCGCAAGCACUUGAGCGAGGAGCUGGCGAAGGCCCGCAUGGAAGUGAAGGAGCACAUUACUGAAAACAAGAGUUUGCGGGAAGAGAUAGACCGGGCUGAGAAGGCGUACAAACAGUCGAUUCUCGAAGCUACGGAAAAGCAGAAAGUACUGCAGCUUCAAGCUGAUGGUCAGAUGCAACAGAUGAACAGUAUGCGCGAGGAAAUGACAAAGAUGAAGCGUGAGUUAGAGACGACACAGGAAAAUUAUGAGCGCGAAUUGCAGCUUCAUGCAGCGGAAGUAUCUAAGUCAUCAACAUCUCGUCGAGAAAUAGAGCAAAUCCGAAAGACUGUACGUGAAUACGAGGCCGAAAUUGAAGCGCUGAAUGGGAAGGUACUAUCAGUCGAAAAGGAGGCGCAACUUCAGUCGGAAACGUUUCAGAAGCGCCUUGACGAAGUCGUUGAGGCCAAGAAUGCUGUUGUCGAACAGAAUAAAUUGUUACACUCCCAGCUUGAGCGUGCAGCGACUCAGGUGCGUCGUGCACACGAGCAAGAAAUGCUUAAGGUGGUAGGCACACAACUGUCUGUCUCGAACCAGGAGGCCGGCGAAGGGGCUGCCGCUCUGAGCACGCACGAAAAGGAAGUCGAUGAUCUCCGAAGUGUGGUUGCAUACUUGCGACGGGAAAGCGAAAUCGCCGAAUCGAAGCUUGAGUUAUCCCAACAAGAAGUACAACGUGGCCGCGCCCAAAUCUUCAGCCUGGAAUCCACGAUUGAACGGCUGCGCGGUGAGGUUAAGGCGCUAUCUGAUGCAGCAAGUGCAGUUGGCAAACAGACUACAGCGACUUCUGCUGAUGACGAGAAGCGUGUUGCCCAAUUGGAACAGUUGAGUCUGCUGCGCGAGAGUAACGCGACCUUGCGCGAUGAGAACCAGAAGAGCUUGGCGAAGCUCAAGACAGAGGAGGCGAAGGUGAGCAGCCUUAAGGCUAAGCUUGUGCCUUUGCAGAACGCCGAGGUAGCUCUAAAGAUGCAAGUGACGUCGUUGAAGCAGGAAGUUGAAACACUAAAUGAUGCCAACAAGCGCUGGAAGCAGCGAGUUGAUCAGCUGGUUGAGAAGUAUCAGCAGGUUGAUCCGGCUGAAUACGACAAGGUCGUUGCUGAGAAGGAAGCCCUGACGAAGGAGCUUACGGAGUUAAAGGCCGAGCAAACUACCUUGAAGAAUGAACUAGAGACCCUGCGUUCCAGUGGUGGUAAGGAGCUAGAAGAGGAGAAGAAGAAAGUCGAGAACUGGAGCAAGCAGUACGAACGAAUCAAGGGCUUUGCAAAGAACUGGAAGAACAAAGCUGAGGCAUUGACCAAGCAACUUGCGGAAAAGAACAAGGAAAUGAGUGAUCGUACAAGCACUAUUUCCACGUUGGAGGCCAAGCUCAGCUCUGUCCAAGCGCAUGUUGCCACUGUGACAACUGAAAAGGCCGCGCUGGAAACAAAGUUGUCGGCUUGCGAGGCGGCGAAACAGGACAGUGCCACAGCUGCUAGUGGUGCUAACUCGUCUUGGGAGAAGGAGCGUCAGACCUUGAAAGCCCAGUUGGAUCAAGAAACCAAAAAGAGUACUCAAUUGAGGGACUUCAACGCGCGUCUGAUGUCUGGCCUGAAGAGCCUGAAGAAGGAAAACAGUGAUCUGAAGGAUCAUGCUGCUAACGCUCCUCAGCCUGCUGAGAAGACGCUUGUGCCUUUACCUCCUACUUCACCUCCUCAGGGGCCCUCUUCUACUACCAUGGCGACGACAGUCACGUCACUGACAAAACCAGCUUCUAUUCCCGGUCCAUUCGUCUCAUCUCCGAAGCCGAUUGUCAAGAGUGAACCGAUGGAACAGCAGCCAAGUACUGUGUUACCUGACGUAGACCUUCUCAUGACUAAGCCUGGCAUAGCUAUCCCGGCCACUUCUGUCGUCUCUCUACCUCCUGUGAUCUCGUCAACGGGCACAACAACUACGACGGUCACCACUACUUCGACCACGACUGAUCCAACGACUACCUCGGCGUCCUAUACGAUUUUAUCCACCUCAACGCCUGCUCUACAUGCUCCUGUUCAAGCGGCUCCGGCCGCAACAUCCGCACCGUCGAUGCCUGCACUUCCGAUAGCAGCGCAGCCAAAGGAGUUAAUCACGAAUGCCGCUGGUAAGUCUGAUGAGAUGACGGCCGAGGAGAAGCUUCGGCAAUUUGCGCUGCGGUCGAUCAAAAAGCAGGUGGAUGGAGCUGCACGUUUCGCUAUGAAGAUUCCCGCCCCUCCUGCUGACACAGAAGCCAAAUCUGCUACAGGAGGCGAGACCGAGUCCAAAGAGUCAUCGGAGACUAGUAGACAGUUCAAACUUGGUGCUGACGCGGGCUUUAGUGCGUUCGGAUCGGGCGGACCAAGCGGACUUGUGUUUGGCAAGCCAGGAAUCUCGCUACCUGUUCCGUCAUCUUCGUCACCAAGUGCCUCGCACCCUCCACACCUGUCGCUUGCUGGAGAGAGCGCGCCUGCAGAAUCUUUACGCCGUAGUCAGCGCCUUGCGCGUUUUGCAGCUGGCGGUGAUGCCGCUGGUAGUGGUCCCGCAACGAUUGUACCCACGGCCACCACUGCUGUUGCUGAAAGUGCUCUGACGAAGCGCCCACUGAGUGGCGCAGUGGAGGGCGGAGCAUCCGCGCAGAAGAUUGCGAAGACAAGUGAAGACCAAACGACCAAGAUCACGACCGCGACGACGACCACCACCUCCUUGCCCACAUCAAUAGCUUCAGAGGAGAAGCAAGAAGAAGACAACCCUCCGACACAAGCAGACUCGACAGAGUCGCAGCCGAUACCACCGACGCAGUAA